CUUGUUUAUUUCCAGACUUUUCCAGAGAAUUCCAGUAAACUUGUUACUGGCGGUUACAGAGAGACGGCCUGGUUAUUGAAUCACAGUAGGGGUGUCUGGGUAAGCCACGAGGGGUGGGAGUGAAAGAAGAUUGGACAACCGAGGGUGCUGCUCUUGUAAGGUGAUGAUCUGAAGGCGGAUGUUUGGGCCUUGAUAUCUACAGUGGCUGGGGACCAUUCGAAAAAGGGCGUGGUUCAUCUGGAAAAGGCGUGGCUAUUCAGGAAAAAGGCGUGAUUUAUUUGAAAAAGGCGUGGCCUUUCUGGAGAAGGCGUGGUUUAUCGCGGAAAGGCGUGGCCAUCUAGAAAAAGGCGUGGUCAUUCUGGAAAAGACUUUUAUUUCUGAACAGUGGCUGUCUUACUCAAGACGUGGAACUCUAAAAAAAGGCGUUGCUACUUUUGAAAAAGGCGUGGUCCUUUUGGAAAUAGCGGUUUAUCGAUGAAAAUUGUGCCCCACUGACCUUGAAAUUGACCUAUAUGGCGGUUCAAGGCCGAGGCCAUUAUGUCAGGCGUGCUAACCAGACGGAAACCAGGCGAGGGCGGGGUGUCUGUCCGGUACACGCCCUGCGCUAAGUCCGAGCUCCAGGCGGAUGGGGCAGACAGCGACCAGGAGCAGAUAGCCAUCGUCGAGGAGGAGCCCAGGGAGGGGGAGGAAGAGGAGGAGUUCGCGGGGAGCAGCAGCAGUGGGGGCGGGGGCAGCGGGGGUGGAGGGGGCGUUUUUCACCUGCCGAAGCGAACAGAGUUCACCUGCGCCCGGGUGUCGGAGGGCGGCGGGGGGAGUCGGGGUGAUGCGGAGGUGAGAACACACAACAACGAACAUUAUAACGAUAUCGAGAUCGAUGACGACGACGGGGGCGGGGUGCCCGACGGCCCGGGGAGGGGCUCGUUGACCGGGACGCUGAGCCAGCUGAAGCGGUCGCAGGUGUCGGUGCAGACGGUGGUGGCGGCCAACGGUCCCAGGAACUCGCCGCCUGGUACCAUCUUCACGGCGCAGUCGACGUCAACGGACCGGGUCAAACUGAUUGGAGAAAGGUUAAGCUCCAGCGACAAGAUCAGCCUGUCCUCGCCCAUCUAUUCCAGCAAGGUGUUGGAGCAGAAGGCCAAGUCCACCUCCAAACAGAGUCUCCUUGACCUCUUCAGCAGCAGACUGGAUAAGGUCAAGGUCAACCGGAAGCGCUUCUCCCUGGCGCAGGCAUCGCUUAUGAAAAAACCGCGGCCGAGUGAUGGCAACAUCAUCGCGCACACCACACGCAACCAGCGACGGCAACGCCGGAAGGAGAUCAGCCGGAACUUCGGCCGCAAGAGCAUCAAGGGCGACGCCCGGAUCGAAACGGCUGCGUCGGUCAGCUCCGACCGCGAUGGAUGCAACUGGACGUUCGUGUUUGACCCGUCGGGGCGGUUGUGCUACUGGUGGUCAAGCGUGGUCAGCGUGGCUUUCCUCUACAACUUCUGGGUACUCAUCUACAGGUUUGCCUUCCAGGAGAUCAACUCCAACAACCUGGCCGUGUGGUUCACGCUGGACUACUCGGCGGAUCUGCUCUACCUGCUCGACAUCGCUUUCCACUUCCGGUCCGGAUAUCUGGAGGACGGCGUCCUCCAAACGGACCCUACGAAACUCCGCAUCCACUACAUGAAUACGACUAUGUUCUAUAUCGAUUGUUUAUGCUUGCUGCCCAUUGACUUUUUAUACCUCAGCAUUGGAUUUUGUUCUAUACUUCGUUGCUUCCGACUUGUCAAAGUCUACCGGUUUUGGUCGUUUUUGGACCGCACGGAGCGCCAUACAAACUACCCGAAUGUGAUAAGAACAGCAACGCUUAUUCAUUAUCUUUUAGCUCUUUUUCAUUGGAACGCGUGUCUGUACUACGUCGUGUGCUUCCGAAUGAACAAGCCCACGAACAGAUAUAAUUUUCCAAAGGACGAGAAGAACACACUGAUACAGUACCUGCACGCGCUGUACUUGAGUGUGAUCUCCCUGACUACCAUUGGGGCCCCGCCCCCACCCAAGUCGGUGACGGAGUACCUCUUUGUGAUAUUCGAGCUGCUUUUCGCUUUGUUAUUGUUCGCUACCGUGCUUGGACAUAUUGCUAAUAUCGUCACCAACGUCAGUGCUGCGAGGAAGGAGUUUCAGGGUAAGUGUUUGUUGUGA